GGAAAACUGGAGGCUUUCCCCGCUGCUGACACGACAACCGGAAGUACAGCGAAGCAAACAGGAAGUGGUGAAUCAGGAAGACAUUUUUGAAAGAUCAUAAUGAACAUCAACCAAACAAUGAUUUAAAUCAGAGAAGCGCAUGAAUGUAGAGUAAAGAUGGAAGUCCCUUCAUAUCUGUCGAGAGUUUUGUCUGAACUGAAUGAGCAGCGCAAGCGGGAUUUCUUCUGUGACUGCAGCAUCGUUGUCGAGGGUCGUGUUUUCAAAGCCCAUCGUAAUAUCCUCUUCGCCAGCAGUGGGUAUUUUCGGGCCCUGUUGGUGCAUUAUUUGCAGGACAAUGUUCAAAGACACAGCACGGCUUCUCUGGACAUCGUCACAGCCGAGGCGUUCUCCUUCAUCCUGGACUUUCUCUAUUCAGGUCGACUUGACCUGCGCAGCAACAAUGUCAUCGAAAUCAUGUCAGCUGCGAGCUACCUGCAGAUGACGGAUGUGGUGAACUUCUGUAAGGGCUACAUCAAAUCAUCCCUGGAGAUCUGUAACCGCGAUGGGGAGAAAUGCAAGCAUAGAGAGGGUCCGGAUGAUGAUGUGACUCCGGUUUCAGUCACCGGUCCCCCGGUGGCAUCCACAUCUGAAACAGAUCAAAGGAGCUCGGCGCAGGUCACAGAGGUCUUGAGCCCCGACGAUGCACCGACAGCUGCCGUCUCCACACCUGCGGCCACCAGCAGCAGCAAAGACUCGGAGAGCGAAAGCUCACAAGGAGCAUUUCCUAACCGGCCCGCCGUUAACGCUCCGGUAAAGAGCGAUUCGGGCCCAGAUUUGGUCAACUCGUCCACCCCGGGUCUGCUUUUGGGGUUGGUGCACCCAAAAAUCGAGUAUGACCCUGAUGAAGAGGGUGAGUCUUCGCGGGAAUCCAAAGACACGGUUCUUUACCGGGGUCAGAGUAACGAAGGUGAAAGACCCGGUGACGCUAGCCCGGCCUCGAGCACUGAGCUAUCCUCCAAUUUAUUCGGUAACUGUCAGGUGAAGCAGUUCCCGGAUGUGCUGUUUCGAGGUGGAGCCAACCAUAACCGCGAUGAGCACUUUUCACAGAGUUUGGGAUACUCCAGUGGAUUUGCUCGUAUGGAUGACAUGCUUGGCCCCGGUGGCCCCUGCAGUAUGGAGAUUCAGAAUGACUGGUAUGGGGAUGAUCCAGGGAGGCUGCACAAAUGUCCAUUCUGCCCAUACACGGCCAAACAAAAGGGCAUUUUGAAGAGGCACAUCCGCUGUCACACAGGAGAGAGACCGUUUCCAUGUGAGGUCUGCGGCAAGAGAUUUACACGACAGGAACAUCUUCGCACUCAUGCUACUUCUGUCCAUCGUUCCACCUGGCCCAUCGUGUGUAAAGGUUGCCGGCGAGUGUUCUCAGGCCUUGUGUCGCAGGGAAUGAAACGAUAUGGACUUUGUGAUGGCUGCACCUUUGUUACUACAACCAAUGAAGAUCCCUCCUCUAUGAACAUCAGCAUCCAGUCUGAAGCUAUGGAGAGGGGGGCACGAGACUCCGACUGGUCCGUCUAUAUAGUGGAAGGGGAUGAAGAGGAGCCAAGCGCUAGUACUCCUAUACAGGAACAGGACGAUAAGCAGAAUGUUGCCAGACAACUGGCAGAGAAUGGGACUCUGUUGUAGAUUAAUUUGCAUUUUUGUCCUAGCAUUUCAUCACACUAAACCACAGCUAUUAUGUGGGGGUUAGAAAGGAAGGUUCAUAUUUGGGUGCAAUUAUAAAAUAAAUUUGAACUGCAAAGAUUACACAGUAUGUGUUAUGUUUAGUUGAAAUCUGAAAUGGUAAUGUCUGAUUAUGAAACAUGUUUUGCUAUAUGACAAUGAUGGCACAACAUGCUGUUGAAUGUGUUGUGGCAGUUGUUAAGGAAUAUUGUUUUGCUUUGACGAAAAGCACAAUAAGUGUUAUUAUAGAUGGUUCCAUCAGGCACGUUGCUGCGGUUACGCGUCUGGCCCGAAGUUAAUUUCUGGUUUGUGCUUGUUUAUCAGUCUGGCUAGCGACUAAACUGACCUCUGUUACAAAAAAUGUUUUGGUUUCCAAAAGUCAAGAGGAGAUGGUGAGAUUGGAUCACCACUGUGUGGAUUUGUCAGCCACGCAAGAAUUUAAAGCAACACCAAAGAGUUUUUUUUACCUUAAAAUAACGUUUCCAAAAAAGUUUCAGUCGUUCAUCCACUCGAAACAUGGUGAACGGCACUUUCACAUUCGCUUUGCAGCCCUCUAUCGACCAAAACCGCACUAAAGAAGUUUCCAACCGUCGGGUCGCGGUCUUGUAGUUCGAGUAAAAACUACAAAAACUUGCUUUACGGCAGACCUACAAUCCAAUCAGAGCCAGCUUUGCUGCUGUAGGCUAAAUUAUUUACGACAGUGGUAAUGGACAAUUCCGCUUCCAACCUGUAGGGGGAGCAAAGAGCAAAAACUCUUUAGUGUUGCUUUAAGAAUCUGUAGUUAACAUUUUAUACAGUCAUUUUACACAGUGUAAUGGUUGAUGCGCUUUACCUAUGAUUUAAACUAAGGUAAUGUUGUUUAUUUUGCUUGUUAUCAGAAUUAAUCUACUUUAGAGGGACUCUGUUGUUAUUGAUUCUAUGUGGAAGUUGACCGGAAGUUAUGUUCACAAAAGCCAUUUGUUUAUGUCGUUAACGCUAUAAGCCUAAAACUGUUCAGUGGACCUGUCAUGUUUAGUAUAGGUUUACUAUUGUAUUAUUAAGCAUCAUUUCAUAAACAGUUGUUUUUUAUUUAAUAUUAUUGGUUAUCCUGUGUAUGAAUAUCUACAAAUAGUUCAAAGUCAUAUUGUUUUUUAUGUCUGUUUGUCUUUCUUUGAGAAACGUACAGUAUAUUUAUUUUGAAUUAUGUAAAUCAAUAAAAAUUGCAUACAACUUUCA